AAUUAUUACACUGGAAUCCUCAACAUUUGUAUUCAAAAUAAAUUUCGUUUUGUGCCCAUCCAAGUAUUGAGGAAUUAUUUGGCCCAGCAGGAUGUCUCAUGGCAAGAAGUUCGACUACAGCCAGAUUCGUGGAGAGAUGCAUGUCAGGGUCCUUGAAUUGCUGCGCGACAAGCUCGGCAAGUCCGACAAGCCACUGUGUGGCCAUCAACUUACCGAUCAAGAUGAGCGAGUCCUGUUGCUGAACAAACUGAUAAUGGAGUAUUUAAACUGGUACGGCUAUAAGCACACAAUGGAAACGUUUUCCAUGGAGACAGGCGCCUCGGCACAGCCACCGGAACGUAGACAACUGGAAGCAGACUUGGGCACUGAACUAAGCCUCAAGGGAUUGCCAAUUCUGCUGGAGUUGUUCCUUAAUGUGUACAACAGAAAGCCCAGGCCACAACAACAGUUCCAGCAAUCAUCCCAUCACAUCGAGUCGAAAACUAGCGUUGGACAAAAAUCGUCAAGUCCCAGGCCAAUCAAACUCCACAAAUCCACCUCGCCCUACAAUCUGAUGGCUGGCGAGCUAGCUUCGACACAGCACAUUGCUUCAGAGGGCCCAGAGCGUUACCAAGCGGUAUGCGAGCGGCUCAUCAAGGAACAACUACUUCAAAACGAGCAAUCGUCCAAGGUGGACAGCAGUUUGAACAGCAUGCAAAGUUUGGUGCAAAGCAAAAGAGCAGAUAAACCAAAAGAACAGCGAUCAGCAGCCGGAGAUGAUAGUCAGAUACAAGUCUCGCAUCAUGGUCCAGUCAAGGACAGCGGCAAUCAAACCGAAUUUCCAAAGGAGCUUGAUCACGAAAUUGAAAAGGCUCCGCAAACAGUUAAUCAAGAGUUACAACAAGAAGUAAGCGACGAAGAAGAAAAUGAAAACUCCUACGAUUCUGGAAGCUCUGAUAGUUCCCACACCGACACAAAUGUAACCGAUGAGGAGGUGGAUGACAGCUACGAUAGCGACAUGUUUGCAGACGUGCCUGAAGGCCACUACUACGAAGAAAUGGAGUCCCCAGAGGAAGCCUAUCCGCCCGGAUAUGGCGAAGAGGGCUGCUAUGUAGAGGGGCACUCAAAUAGGUCGGAGCUCGAAAUUUCCAUUACUAGCCAAGCCGAUAUUUCAACCCAACCCUCUACAAGCGCCCAAGCGCAACGCGCCGCCCAUAACGAGGCGAAGGCUAAGGGAGAUGGCAAAAGCGUGCAAAGUCUGGAUCUGGAUCUCUGCAAUCUGGUCGACAGUGUCAAGGAAGAUGUAAAGGCACAUAUGAAGGCGGCCAAGCGUGAUGCAAAGAGGCAGCAACAACGCUAUAAUGCUCCGUCCAAUCGAUUAAGCACUGUCAUCAGCACCGUUCAACUGGACAGCGAUGAGGAUGAAGAUGAUUAUGAUAAUGAAGAUGACGAUAAUGAUGAUGAUAACCACGAAGAUGACGCUGAUGCUCGUACUGUUCAUAAUAAUGCUGAGGAAGAUGACAGCGAGAGCUUCAUGGAUCCACAAGAUGUGUAAAGCAUUUGCUAAUAUUUGAAAGAUUUUAAAUGUGAUAAAUUGUUAAACUAUUUUAGAAAUUAUGUCUCCUAAAAUUUUUUGUACUGCAUGGAUGAGCUUCCAAUUAAAAUUGAAUUCCAAAAACUUUAAAA